AUGAGGCGCAGUGAGAAGCAGAAUAAGGCCCGAGGACUCAAGUCAGCCCUGAAGAGGCAGAGGUGCCACUCUCAGGGGCAGGAGGUUGGGCACACCCCAAACCAGUCAGCCCACAAACCCACAAUUGGUAAAGCAUCUUGCAAACAGUGGGCAACUAAAGCUGCUUGUAAGAGUGCCCCAGCUACCAGCAGCACGAAGAAGCCUCAUCACACCCGCCUGGGCACUGUGGUAGAGAGGGAGAUCUGGAAAUCCACAGACCUGCUGCUCCAUGAGCUCCCCUCCCAGCGCCUGGUGUGCAAGAUCACACACGACUUCGCAAAGGACCCGUACUUCCAGAGCUCGGCCGUCACAGCCCUGCAAGAGGCCAGAGAGGCCUACCUGGUGGGGCUGAUCAAGGACACCAACCUGCUGUCCAACCCGGGCACCAAGCCAGUGCCCAUCAUGCCCUUGGACAUCCAACUGGCCUGUCGCAUCCAUAUCAAGGGCACUUAA